GUCCACUCCUUUGUAUCUUCAAUAUGUGUGAGCUCCGAAAGUUUAUCAGGAUCUCCUCGGCCUGGUUUCUGGAAUCGUGGGGAGCUCGCCUCAACAGAGGUCUCGUCGCCAGGAGCUCGUCCAAGCUAAAGAAUCCGCCGGCGUGUAUGCUCGUGAACGCGGUCGAGCGAUACGACGAUAAGAUGAGUGAGUCGGAUCACAGGAAAUGCGCUGCUUCCAAGGACUCCUCCGAGUUACCAGUGGAUAAAUCCGACGACAGCGUCGUGGUUUCGGUCGUGGAAGGCGUUUCAGAAAAUCAGGAGCCUGUCCCUGUAAAUCAAGGCGCGCCGGAGACUCUGCCUUCUUCUGAUCAAGCAAGCCUUCCAAAUGGUGUUGCUCAGAUCAGUACUCUAGCAGCGGGGCCGACGAGGAGAGCGAGGAGAAGCCCACCACCACCACCACCACCACCAGGAAGAGGCCCCAAUUGAUCGAGAUCCCGUUUCUUCCAUCUGCUCGGCAUGUCUCUUUUCUUUGCUUCAUUGGUAGAUGAUCCUGAGAGAGGGACCUCGCUUUCCUUAUGAAUACAAAACGAUUCAAGUUCGCUUUC